AUGACCGAUGAAGCUGUAGAUGAGGAAGUCGCUGGUAAUGACUCGUUUGAAUUAGCGAAUAAUGAGAGUUCUUUGCAUAUUCCCGACAAAAUUAAAUGCAUUACUACUGCACCAUUUGGUACCGGUUACGACUACAUUGUUGUGGGCACAGAAAGCCAAGUGUUGGUAUACGACUUUUGUCAGAAUUCUACGAUAUUCCGUCGAGACGUUCCUGAUGGAGUUCACUGUUUUGCUGUGGGCAAGCUGGGAGAAUUGGACCGCAUAAUUUUAUGUGGAGGAAACUGCGCAAUUUGGGGAUUUGAUGAAACCGGCAGAGACAUCUAUUGGACAGUGGCAGGUGAGAAACCCCUUUCAAAAUAAUA